AUGAAAGUGAAUGAUACAGCUCAAGAGCUUGCUGAAGAAGCUCGAGACUAUUGGAUUGUGACUCCUGAAGCUGGAUAUGUGGUUAAAACGACGGUAAUUAGCUAUAGAACCUUCAGAAAGUUAUAUUCUUUCUGUGUUCAGACUUGAAACUCUCGUAGUAAUAGCUCUAUGACAAUACAAACCAUGAAAACGUUAUAAAAACAUCUUUUACAGUGUAGAAAUGUUGGAUCCGAGCCACAUCCGUCAAAACUCUUUGUGAAUAUCUGUCAUUCGACCAAAAUUCCACACCCGAUGGGAGGCGAAUGGGAUGAAGAAGAUAUGUUAAGGAAACUGGAAACGAAUCCGGACGAUAUUAACAUUCCUACGUGUGUCGGAGUCUUGGAAACAUCUAAAGAUCUUAAGGGAGAUGCUGCUAGAAAGGUGCGUUAUUAAUUUGAUUUUUGUGUUUUUAGUUUGAUGAGCAUGGAUAAUAUCAAUGAAAUGGAAGUGAUAAAGGCUGUUAAACUUUAUAAAAUGGUUUUUGAAUUGUAGUAAAAAUUAUGAGGGAUGUCUUGAGUUGUGUUUUAAAGAAAAAGCUUGAGAAGACGUUAUUUAUGACGGAUAUUAUCUUAGCUGGACCAAUUUUAACCUUCAUCAAAACUUUUUAAAAAAAUGAAGACGAUAACUGAGUGGAAACUUUUAGAUUUGCUUUUGAGGUUGUAGAGAAGUAUUAGAAGUUUUUUUUAAGACUUUUUUUCUGCAAAUGUACACAUAUAACCGACGUUAUGGCUAAUAUUAUCAUAGACACCAAUUUUCAGGUGGACGUUAUAAUCAACUCUAUUUUUUACAAGAAAUACGUUGAUGGCUCCGAGUUUUACCGUCAAUUAUUGUUCAUGGUAGUUUGUUCUUCAAUUGAAAGGCAACAUAAUUUGGUAAUCGAAGUGAAAUCACACAAAACAUUGAGGAAGCACAAACAUUGGGAUGAGCUGAAUAAGCAGAGGAUAAGAAAAUCGCCGGCAGAAUGUCUUAUUAAGGAAGAUAACAGCAGUAAAUGUAUUGAUGCGGUAUGUUGAUUGUUUUAGAAAGGUUUGGCUGUGUUUUUCCAAGGGUUUAGGUAUGAGUUAGUCUAUAAUAUUGUUUUAGGAAGACCUAGAGCCAACUCCAGCCAUUUCCGGCCAAAAGUUCACUGCCAAUUUGAUGGCUGGUAAAAUCGUGGAAAUAGUGUUAGAUGUGAAUGAUGAGAAAGAUCCAGUAACGGAUGUUAAACGUCUACGAUGUAAAUUGAAUGAAGAUCGAGUGGUUGUUAUUCUAGAUAACAAAAGGGCGAUUUUGGAUAUUUUCUUGCCAUAUCGGCUGAAUUACAACGAAUGUGACACUGAAUUUGAUGCUAUGGAGUAUAAGUUGUACAUACGAUGUCCGAUUGUGUGGUAA